ACAUACCCCUAACUAAACAACUAUAGUCAUGACAGAGCUCAUGAUGUUUGAUAUUCUUAUUUCCCAUUGUGAUGUUUUCACUAAAAUAAAGACAAAUGCAUUUUAUUACAUGCAAUUAUUAUUACUCUGAGGACUGGGACAUUGAUGUUGACAGAUUUCUCUGAGACCACGCCUAGUGUCUUGAUGCUAGUGUUGUAUUGGUAGGGCGCACAGUGCCCAUGCAGGACCGCAUUGGCUGUUGUAUUUUUUCACAAGGGUCCCAAACUACACCGAGAUUUGGAAUAUUACGUUACUGCAGGAAAAUGGCGACUGUCAUUCAUAAUCCUCUAAAAUCGCUUGGUGACCAGUUCUACAAGGAGGCUAUCGAACACUGCCGCAGCUACAAUGCCCGUCUCUGUGCCGAACGCAGCGUGCGCAUGCCCUUCCUGGACUCGCAAACUGGUGUAGCACAGAACAACUGCUACAUCUGGAUGGAAAAGUGCCACCGCCAGCCAGGCCAGGCAGCAGGACAGAUGUAUACCUACCCUGCUCGUUGCUGGAGAAAGAAGAGGCGACUCCACCCUCCCCUGGAUCCCCAGCUCCGCCUCUGUGAGCUUCGACUAGAAGCCGAACUGGCCCCUAAACGCGAGGGGCCCCCAGGGGAGGCCACAGCUUUGGAGGCCCUCCUGAGGGGGGACAGUCUGCUGGAGAAAAAAAACAACAUAUGUAAGGAGGAGGAAACGUUGCUGGAAAUACAGAGAGUUCUGGAGGCGGAGGAAAAUGGGGACGGUCUCCUUGAGGACGAAGACUUUGACGUGGACACUCCAAAGAGAAAGAACAGAAACAGAGGCAAAACCAGAGGAUCCAGUCGCAGGAGGACAGAGCCCGUUAACAUCGACGACCAGGACAAACCUUACGUCUGUGACAAUAGAUACAAACAAAAGCAUAACUCAAAAAAGGCUGAAGAAGUCUGUGGAAAGCGCUACAAGAACCGGCCCGGCCUGAGCUACCAUUACACCCACACUCACCUGGCAGAGGAGGAGGGCGAGGAGGAGAAGGAAACAGAGAUGGCCCCAUCUCCUCCAUACAACGCAGACAACCACAAACCUCAAAAGGGCCCAGACGGCAGCAUCAUCCCCAACGACUACUGUGACUUCUGCCUGGGAGACCAGGACUCCAACAGGAAGACAGGCCAGGCCGAGGAGCUGGUGUCCUGCUCUGACUGUGGACGCUCCGGUCACCCCACAUGUCUGCAGUUCACUGAUAACAUGAUGCAGGCAGUGAGGACGUACCAGUGGCAGUGCAUAGAGUGCAAGUCUUGCAGCCUCUGUGGCACCUCAGAGAACGAUGACCAGCUGCUGUUCUGCGAUGACUGUGACAGAGGAUACCACAUGUACUGCCUGAAGCCUCCAAUGACCAAGCCUCCAGAAGGGAGCUGGAGCUGUCACGUGUGUCUGGACCUGUUAAAAGACAAGGCCUCAGCCUAUGGAGAAGCAUAACUUCCUUGGACAUUCUUCUCAACACACACGUACACACGCAAUAUAUAUAUUUGUACCUAUACAUUAACUGUUUGACAUGCCCACACAUUAGCGAACACUUUCUCUCCGAUAGAAUCAAACACACACAGGUGCACUCUUUCACACACACACUCCAGUGCAUUAGCAGGCUCAGGGCAUUUUCCUGUGUGAGGCGAAAAGAUCUUUGACCUCUCAUGUAGCCGAGCAACGCUCCAAACGGCAUCAACAUGCAAUCUCGACCACAAGUCAGCUGACAGCAGGUCUGCCGUUCAGUAAUUUCUCUACCUCACCCCUCAGCAGACGGCCAGAAGCCAAAGCAAGAUUGAUAACGGCAAAUACUGUGUAGUAUGUGUAUGUGAAAUACUCAUUUUAAACAAACCGUAGAUGUUUCCCCCUGAUUUUCAUGCGAGUAUGAUUUGGAAGACGUUCGUCCCAGACUUUCUGCUGAAGCUGUUUCACUUGCUUCCCUGCUCAAGCUGUACAACUGGUUUGACUAAUGUUUGUUUAAAUGUCUCCUCCCAGCUCUACUCCUCUUCUGUGUUUAGACUUUACAGUGACAGUCGUUUUUUUUUUUUUUUUUAUAUCUGGACAGACUCAAUGUUAGUUAUGCCAUUUUUCACAGGUUUUUGUCAAGCUUGGUGAAAUUUAUAUAUGCGCUAAGAGUCGACGGGGCGAUAAAACCGCCUCAACUAUCAUUCCUGUUGGGAGUGUGGUGACAUUCUAAUCCAUGUCUGUUUUUUGUAUCCUUGCAGUUACUAGGAUACCAUGGUGCUCAAUUCGACACUUUACACAAAUUAUAACAUUUCUUUACAUAGAAUGUUAUUAUUUAUUUAUUGUUGUAAUGGUCCAAUGUUACUGUCAAGGCGAUCAUUGUUACUGUAAAUCAGUGGUUCCCAAACUUUCUCUGUUGUGGAAGCUGGAAAAAAAAAUACUGUCCCCUCUCCCGCCCCACCCGAACACAUUUUUAUCAACUUCUAACAAUACUGGGGAAACUAGUAACAAAAUGAACUGAAUAUAUUAAAAUAGCAUUACUGUAAUAUAUACACAAACUGCAUUUUCUAGAAUUUUCUCAUCAUUUUCUGGUGUUUAUCGUAAAAAUAAUAAUUAAAUAUUGUCUAAACUGACACACAAAAGACACAAGGUUCUAUUGUAUUUCAGUAACCGUCAACUCAAGAACAAGAUUCUUAAUAUUUAUUCUUACAUUCUUACAUAUUUUUAAGAAAGGUACUUACUUCAAACUCUUGGGUACAGAAUAUCGUCCUUACACAUGCCCCAUGUAAUGGUACAAGGCUUCAGCAUGUGGACAAAAGCCUAUUACAGUAACAGUUGCUAAGAGGUGAUUGGACAAUUGCUUUUGAGGGUAGGAGUUUAGUAAACAGUCAAUUUAUACUGUAAUUAAGUAUAGGCCUAUAUCUGUGUUGGACAUUUCAAAAUAGACUGCUGGUUUAUUCACCUUUUGUGGUUUCCCCCUACAUUUUACCCAUUUGUAAUGUGUACCCCCUGCAAUACCUUUGUACCCCUCCAGAGGGCUCCACCCUACAGUUUGGGAACCACUGCUGUAAAUUAACCAGGGCAAUGUGUGUAUUAUCAAACCUUGAUUCAUGACUCAUUUGAACAGGCAGUGUGUGGUGAAUCAUAUACAUGUCCUGAGGAAGCAGUAGGCUAUUUACUGGUUAGUCCUGUCUAGAAGCUGGCACAGGUUAUAAGACUUAAUUACAGUUCUUUUAUGCAGUUACCGUAACCAGAAUAUAUUCUGGACAUUCCGGAUUUGUAUUACCACGAGAGUAAGGGUGAAAAUUAGAAAUUGGUUUCACAUCAAAUCUUCAAAGCUCCAUCAAUGUCAUUUAUGUUUUUGUAGCACUAAUCUAAUGCUCUAAAAACAUGGUUGAUCAUGAAUAGGAAGAACCACCAAAAAUCUCAAAACUAAACAGAAAAGGCCCGUUAAGUACACAUUUGUGCAAGGCUUCACAGGAUAUCACAAUCUGCAUUUGUGUUUUUUUUUAUUAUGAGUUUGUAUUUGAUAUUGCUUUUCCACAGACAAUCAUGAGCAAGCAUAAUAGAUACAGUACAUGAUGUUGAUAAUAUGCAGAAGGUUUUAUUGUGCUUUUCCAUGGCGGGUUUAAUGACCCUUUGUGUCUUCCUUUUAAAAAUGUCUUGGAUGUCAUUCUUAUUUGAUGCCAUCCACCUACAGUGAUUCAACAUGUGUGUUGUAUUUUGUUGAAGUAAAUGUCAUGUUUUGUGUUGAAAUAAAGACUUUUCCAUUA